AUGGCUUCUGAGGCUCCCACCCUCGCUGGCUCUUCUGCCGACAACCUGACGCCCGCCCAGCGUCUGGCCGAGAAGCACGACGACCACAAGCCCACAGUCGAGGAGGUUGUUGACGAGGAGGACAUCAUCCACCCUCCUCCUUCCGCCUCUGCCACUGCUUCGUCGUCGGCUGGUCCCUCGACUGCCGCCCCUACCCCCGCCCCCGAGUCCACUCCCGCUCCUGCUCCCAAGAAGCCUUCGGUCCUCGACACUCAAUCCGAGGAGCUCUUCCCCUCGCUCGGUGCCUCCAAGCCUCGCUCUUCUGCCGGCCCUUCGCCAUGGUCCAAGAAGCCUGCUGCUGUCGCUAAUGCCAAUGGCCUUCGCAAUGGUCAGGUCGCCAACAACGCUCCCACGCGCAGCUCCGCUCCUGCCUCUGGCCUUGCUACUCCCGCAUCCACUGCUGGUUUCCGCGGCGUCUCUCUUCCCGGUCGUCACACUGAGGCCAUCUCUUUUGCACCAUCUCAGCUCGCUCAAUCCAAGGACCUCAAGAAGCCCGUCUCUGAGAUCCUCCGCGACAUCAACAAGCGCUCGAAGGCCAAGGUUGAGAUGAGCCAAGGUGCAGGUGGUUCCUACGCUUUCAGAGCCACCGGCUCCACCCCCAACGAUGUUCGUGAGACUCUGAAGGAGGUCGCCCGCCAGCUCGGUUCUAGAGUUCCUGUCCCGUCUUCCGUUCGUGCUCACAUCAUCGGCCGCAAUGGUGCCAACAUCACCGCUCUCAGCCAAAAGACUGGUGCCAAGAUCCAAGUCCCCAAGAACGACGAUGCCAACACCUUUGACGACGACGACUCUGCCACCAUCGACGUCCUUAUUGAGGGCGAUGCUGUUGCUGCCGAGAUGGCCCGUCAAGAGAUUGAGAAGAUUGUCAACGAACGCACUUCGUCCAUCAACCUCCGUCUGAAGGACAUUCCUGCCGAGUUCUAUCCUUUCCUUGCUGGUGCCCACAACUCGCGUGUUGGCGACCUCGAGAAUGGCCGUGACUUGAAAGUCCAGAUUCCCCACUACCACACCUGGGUCGAGCAGGCUCCUCCUCAGCCCGCCGCAUACCGUCAGCCUCCUGCUUUCGUGCCUCAGGCCAGCCUGCCUAUCCAGAUUGCUGGCGAUCGUCUGGCUGCUAACGAAGCCCGCGCCCAGCUCGAACGCCAAGUUGAGCAGCUCAAACGCCAGCUUGUCUCAGACCAAGUCGCCAUUGAGCGUGGACGUCAUCAAUUCAUUGUUGGUGACAGAGGAACCUCUCUUCACGACUUCCUUGCCGAGACCGGCUGCGCUGUUAUCAUGCCUCCUGAUGCUGAGGACGACGAGAACCUGACCAUCGUUGGUCCCGCAGACAGACUCGACGAAGGUCUGAACAAGGUUAUGGAGCUUGCAUCCAGCAUGGCCAUGGCUAGUGUUGACAUCUCUCGCUCCUUCCCCAACGCUCCUCUUGGAGCCCAGGCUCACGCUCGCAACGUCACCAAGUACCUCCAACAGAGACGCGCCAUUCAGGAUCUCGAGCGCUUGUACAAUGCUCGUAUCGUCGCCAGCACUGCCCGCAAUGGCCCUACUGCUUGGGAGGUUUACUCCCGUGAUGGUAAGAACACCAUGAAGGCUCGCUCUGACAUCAUGAACCUCAUCAGUGGUCACCCUCCUACCCGUCUCAACCCUGUUCAGGUUCACCCCUUCUACCACCAGCACUUGCGUCAAUCAGCUGGUCCUCAGAUCCGUGACCAGUUCGGUGUGCACAUGGUUGUUCCCGAUGAAUCAGACAGCGAUGAUGAGAUUCUGCUCGUCUACGAGGGACCUUCUUCGGCUUCCGAAUACCAGCUACCGAGACGUCAGCCUGCUGCCAACGAGGCUCAAGACUUCGAGCGUGCCUUGAAGGAGGCUCAGCAGCACAUUCUUGGUCUGCUCAGUGGUCAGCAGGAAAUUGUCUCUCGCGAAGUUGAUGCUCCAUCCAAGUUCCACGACAAGAUCAGAAGACACGCCGAGCGUGAGCAGUCGAACCUUCCUUCAGGUCAAAUUCCCGUCCAGGUCUUGUUCGGUGGACAGGCUGCCCGUAAGGCACCUGCUCAGGGUCUUUCUGUCCGUGGUCCCAGUGACCGUGCUGAUGCACUUGUCGAAAGCCUGCUCGCUUUCAUCGAGCAAGAGAAGCAAGACGAGCUUGAGCGUGGUUUCACUCUCACUUUCGACUUCCCUCAGAAGUUUGCCAACAUCCUGAUUGGAAAGAAGGGUGAGAACAUCAGAAAACUUCGUGAGGAGUUCGAUGUCGACAUCCAAGUCAACGAUGGUAAGGUCGAGCUCAAGGGCCCUCAGGCCAAGGCAAAUGCUUGCAAGAGCCACAUCCUUGCUCUCGGCAAGAAGCUCGAGGACGAAGCUACACACGUUAUCAAGGUCAAGCCUCAGUACCACAAGGAUCUGAUCGGCACCAAGGGUAGCAUGGUCAACCGUCUUCAAGACAGAUACAACGUCAGAAUCAACUUCCCUCGCUCGAACAACACCGAGGAUGAUGACGCCGCUGAGGGUGAGACCUCGCGCAAGUCGAACCAGGCACCCGAUGAAGUCAUCAUCAAGGGUCCCAAGAGAGGUGCUGAUGAGGCUAGAGAGGAACUUCUCAACCUCCUCCAGUACACUAUGGACACAUCUCACACUGCCACCGUCUCAGUCCAGCAGAGCCAGUUGCCAUCCCUGAUUGGUUCUGGCGGUCGUGAGCUUGAUGCUCUUCGUCUUGCUACUGGCGCUCACGUCGACGUUCCCAACAACCGUGAGGCCGCUGAUGCUUCUGGACGUGUCGAAAUCAAGAUCAAGGGCUCCAAGAAGGCUGUUGAAGAUGCCAAGAAGCAAAUCGAAGAAGCUGCUAAGGUCUACGACUCAACUGCAACUCGCACUCUUGACGUCGAGAAGAAGCACCACCGCAACAUCAUUGGUGGUGGCGGUGCCAACAUCCGCAACAUCGUCAUCCAAGCCGGCGGCCCUGAUGACAGACAGAAGCUCGCUCGCAUGGUCCGCUUCCCUCGUGCCGAGGCUGAGGGCAACACUAUCCGCGUUGAGGCCAACCAGGCCAUCGCUGACAAGAUCAUCGAGGCCAUUCAGGCACAGGUUUCUGAGCUUGAGAGUCAGACAACACAGAUCAUCGAGAUUUCUCCUGAGAAGCACCCUAAGCUGAUUGGUCGUGGUGGUGACAUCAGAAAGAAGAUCGAGUCAGACUUCGGUGUACAGCUUGACAUUCCCAGACAGUCUGUCACUGGUGCCGAUCGCUCAAAGGUCAAGCUUAUUGGACGUGCCGAGAACAUUGAGAAGGCCAAGGAGCACAUUGCCACUCUCACAAAGGAUGCCGAGAGCACCGAUAUCCAGAUCCCUCUCAAGUUCCACCACGCCAUCGCCGACAACGGCCAAUUCUUCCGCCGUCUUCGUAGCGAUCUCAAGGUCUCUGUUGACCACAAGGGGCAGCGUCCUCCUCAGCGUCCCGAGGCACUCUCCACUCGCAAGGCAGGCUCUGGCAUGCCCUUGAUCACUGAUGAUGCUACUGGCGGCGCCUCUGAUGAUAACGUCUCGUGGGUUGUGCAUAACUUGCAUGAAAGCGCUCCCGAGGGCGAGAUCACCUGGGCCUUGUCAGGAGCCUCUCCUGAGAGCCUCGAGAAGGCCAGCGCCCGCGUCCAGAAGGCCCUUGCUGACGCUCAGAAGCUGACCCACGCUGGUUUCCUUGUCCUUCCCGACCCCAGCUCUUACAGAAGAGUCGUCGGUCCUCAGGGCAGCACCAUCAACGAUAUUCGUGCCAAGACCGGUACCAAGAUCCAGGUUCCUAAAGCUCAGAGUGGUGAUGAGGCCAUUGAAAUCACCGGCACCCAGGACGGUGUCGAGAACGCCAAGGAGAUGAUUCUUAACGCCAUCCAGGGUUAA